UUUAAAAAUAUCGAGUGUAUCCAAAUCGAGGUUCUUUGCUUUUUACUUCCAUCAUAUUAGACCUUUAAAACUUCAGUUAUAUCAGUUCAACAAGCGUUGGAACACACCAACGACAGUAAAACGCGCGCAUUUCAAGAAGGGUAGUAAACUGAAAAAACCAAGGAACGCCAACCGAAGCUAUACAUUUUGACCAGCUGCCCAUAGACGCCGACAAGAAAAUUGCAAAAUGGAUGACUCACGCGAAGAAAGCCAGUUUAUUGUCGACGAUGUCAGCAAGACGAUUAAGGAGGCCAUCGAAACCACCAUUGGGGGAAAUGCCUACCAGCACGACAAGGUAAACAACUGGACCGGCCAGGUGGUGGAGAACUGUCUCACCGUGCUAACCAAGGAGCAGAAGCCAUACAAGUACAUCGUUACCGCCAUGAUCAUGCAAAAGAACGGUGCCGGCCUACACACCGCCAGCUCCUGCUACUGGAACAAUGACACCGAUGGAUCCUGCACGGUGCGCUGGGAAAACAAGACCAUGUACUGCAUUGUCUCGGUAUUCGGACUGGCUGUUUAGAAGGAAACUUGUCUGCAUCAAUACUAACUAUAAGGGGGAGGGAUUAACAAGAUUGGAGCGUCUGACAUGGAGACACCAGAACUUUCGUGUAUAAGUAAACCUGAAACACCAUCUGAACAAGGACGAAAUUAAUGAUAAACAAAAAAAGUUACACCCACAAGUCGUUGGUUGUGUGAGAAAUUAAUGUUACUUCUUUAUUUCAAAUUUAAAUCUAAUAAAAAUAAUAUAAAAACUUAAA